CAGCUUCAUAUCUGAAAAACAAAACGGACAAAAGAAAUCUCGCACUUUCCCCUUCCUCUGCGUCGACGGUGGCCAGAGUCGUCGAUCGCAGCGCGCCGUCCUUCCCCGUCGGUCCCCUCUCUCUCUAUUCUCCGACGACCAAAGCGAUCACCCCUAGUUCUUCUGCGAGCGCUUUCCCCUUCCUCUGCCUCGACGAUGGCCAGAGCCAUACAUUUUUCGAUCGCAACCGUCCUUCCCCGUCGAUCUCCUCUCACUGUAUUCUCCGACGACCAACGCGAUCGCCCCUAGUUCUUCGCGUUAAGAGUUCUGUGUGGAAAGGGGCUUCUGGGUUUCUCUAACUCGUAUUGGCAUCUUCGUGGAAUAGAGCUUUUGGGUUUCUGGUUCUAGAGAAGGAAUUGGAAUUGGAGCAGAGUUGGAGCGUGUGGGUUUUUGGAGUCUUUGAAAUCUCUCAUAGAAGGAAUUGGAGUAGAGUUGAAUUGUGCCUAGACUUCGUCAAAUUUGCAAGCCUUCAAAUUUACAGGUAUUUUCUUCUUCUCUCUAUUUAGCCUUCUGCAUUUAUGGUAUAACUCACUCCCCAAGGUUCAAUUCAUUUACGAAAGUUGAUCCGCCUUGUGUGUGAUGUUUGUGAAAUGAAUCAGAAUUUUAUAUCGUAGUUGUGAAAUUGGUGCUAGAUUUCUUUCUUUGUGAAAUUUUUUUGAUGUAUGUUACAAUCAUCACAAAAUGCUUGCCUCUUCUUUAUGAUGUGCUGUGACUUUUUACUCUGUACAUGUUUACACAAUUUGUUAGGUGUUGUGAUUCUUAAAAUGGACAAGUCAUGGAUUAGCAUGCCUCGUAAUACACCAGAAUAUGUACAAGGAUUGAAUAAAUUUUUGGAUUUCGCAUUUGAGCGUAACUCUGGCAUAGAUCAUAUACUAUGCCCUUGUAGAAAGUGUGGUUUUAAGAAGUUGAAGAUAAGGGAUGAGGUGUUUGCCGACUUGUUACGUAGUCCCUUUCCCAUUGAAUACACGGUUUGGUAUCGUCAUGGGGAAUCACGUUUAGGAGAAUCCUCCCAAAGCUUACCUAUUCUAGGAGAGGAGGUGCAUUGCAAUGCGAAUCCAAUGAUCAACUUGGUAACGGAUGCAUUUAGGGCUCAUGGAGAUUAUACUUUUGAAGAUACUUCCCCUCCGCAUGAACCUUUGUUUGAAGAUGAUAUGAUGUCAGACUUGAAUGAAGAGUCAAAUGUUGAGGCUAAAAGGUUUUGCCAACUUUUGAAAGAUGGGGAAGAAGUAUUGUAUCCAGGAUGCAAAAAGUUCACAAAAUUAUCAUUCUUGAUAAGACUGUAUAACAUUAAGUCUUUGUGUAGAAUCACUGACAAAGCUAUGUCUAUGCUUAUUGACUUGUUGAGUGAUGCUUUCGAGUUUGCAAACAUUCCCAAAUCAGAAUACGAGGCAAAAAAAGUCAUGAGGACUCUUGGACUUUCUUAUACUGAGAUACAUGCUUGUCCUAAGGAUUGUAUGUUAUAUUGGGGAAGUGAUGCUAAUAGGAAGAGUUGUAAGGUUUGCGGGAGGUCUAGAUACAAGUUGAUGAAGAAUGAUCGAGUUGGUGAUAAAAAGAGGAAAGAGCAAGCAGCCAAGAUUUUUCGCUAUUUCCCCUUAAUACCUCGUUUGCAGAGGUUAUUUGCUUGUUCCAAGACUGCUGAAAAUAUGGUUUGGCACUCAAAAGACAAAAAAAAUGAUGGAAUAGCAAGGCAUCCAAGAGAUUCAGAGGCUUGGAAGAACUUUGAUGUGAGAUAUCCCGAUUUUGCUUCGGACCCUCGAAAUGUGCGACUCGGUCUUGCUAGUGAUGGAUUCAACCCCAAUGGGUCAUUGGGUAACAAUUACAGCAUAUGGCCCAUUGUUCUAAUCCCUUAUAACAAUCCUCCUUGGCUGUGUAUGAAGCAAACUAACUUCAUUCUUUCAGGUAUCAUCCCAGGGAAAAAGAUGCCAGGAAAUGAUAUAGAUGUUUAUAUGCAACCAAUGAUUGAAGAGUUGAAGACCUUAUGGGAGGAAGGAGUGGAGACUUAUGAUGCUUCAAAAAAUGAAGUGUUCAAGUUGCGUGCAACUCUUAUGUGGACAGUUAGUGAUUUCCCCGCCCUUGGAAAUCUAACUGGGUGGAACAUAUAUACAGGUUUGGCUUGUCCAACCUGUAAUUUUGAUGCACGUCCUCUUCGUCUUCCAUGUAGUAAAAAAUGGUGCUUCAUGGGCAGUCGUCGCUUUUUGGAUAAAGGCCACAAAUUUCGCCUUAAUAGGGUUCAAUUUGAUGGACAUGAUCACAACACGAGUAAGUAUGAUUAGAGAACGUAAUUCAGUUUUAUACUAACCAAUUUAAAUCUCACUGAGUUUAUGAUAUUAUCAAAACAAUUAAAGGUGCCUACAAAUUCUCUUCUCCUCUGAUCACUUUCUUCCAAUUUACAUAGACUAGUUUUACUAACCCUACACAAGCAGACACACGACAACUUUUAAUCUAAUGGGCUUUGAAGCCUUAAAGCCCACUCACAGCCUAACGCUUAUAGCAAUAAUCCCAACCCAACUUGUAGAGACAAGUUAUACGGUGAGUUUUGUUUAUUCAAACUCACACUGACUCUCCUCCUCCGCAGUUUUUCCAUCCAAACCAACUCUGUACCUUUAUGCCCUGUUCACUUCCCAUUUCAUUUUCUGUUUUUUGGUUAAAAAAUGAAAAUCAGGAAACAAAUGGACAUAAAAUGU